CCGCGUGCUCCCCUCACUCCGCCGCCAGUCAGAGCGGCAGUGGCAGCGAGGGGCGCCGUCGCUGUUCCCACUCACAACAUUAACCCACGUCUACCCAUUGUGUUAAUUAACGAGCAUCGCUCGAGGCCGCCGCCUCGUCCAGUGAACGGACAAAAAGACGCCCACUAGCUGUAUCUCUUCCGUACCAUCAUUAUUACGAUUUCUACUACUACUACAGUAGUGUUUUUAUUUUCGUCCCCCACCCGUUGCGGUGGAGGCGUAGUCGACGCGGAGAUGCCUCUCGUGUGAUUUUGGCCGCUCCGCGCUGUAGCCAGGAAAGGGGAGGGAGGGAGGGACACAACGACUCCUGUUGAAGCCCGGCAGGGCAGGGCGACUAGGAAAAGGCAGGGCGGGCACUGGCUCGGGCAUGUUCCCCGGGCGCCACCUAGCGGCCACGCCGUGAGCUCCCUGGAGCCGAGCCCAAUCCCGCACGCCCGCCCUGACCCCCUCUCACCCUGCCCGCCCAGCCCAAGGGUGUCCCCCACGGGUCCCGCCAACGUUUAUAGCAGAGGCGAAAUGGCCAAUAGCGAGUCUUUUGUGUUCAUUAAAGACAUCAAGGCAGGACUUAAAAACCUUAACGUGGUAUUCAUAGUCCUGGAAAUAGGGAGAGUGACCAAGACCAAGGAUGGACACGAGGUGCGGUCUUGCAAGGUGGCCGACAAGACGGGGAGCAUGACCGUGUCCGUGUGGGACGACAUUGGGGCACUCAUCCAGGGGGGCGAUAUCCUGCGGCUCACACGGGGAUAUGCCACCAUGUGGAAGGGCUGCCUAACAUUGUACACAGGCCGUGGAGGAGACCUGCAGAAGAUUGGAGAAUUCUGCAUGGCAUUCUCAGAAGUUCCAAACUUUAGUGAACCAAACCCUGAUUUCAUGAACCAGGGUAAAACGGGAGAUGCCAGGAGCAACUCUCCCACCAGUCAGCUUGGGGCUGGACAAGCAAACCCAGCAGGCAAUGGUUCUCAAGCAAUGCCAGUUUUGGGUUCUGGAGCGCCACCUCCAGGCUAUAGCUCCACCAUGCAGCCGCCUGCUCUGCCGGCACACACUGUGGGGGGCCGGGGAAAUGGCCGGGGUGGGUUGUUGGCUCCACCCGGUGCCGUGGGGUUGCCGGCGCUGCCUGGACCUGGAUUGAGCAAUGGCCGUGACCCUCGGCGUGGCAGCAAGAGAUGAAGGCUGCUGCGUGGUCCUGCUGGCAGCGAGACAUGCACAGCCAGUGUACACACACUGGGCACACGCGCACACCUGCACGUCACUGCUGAUGUUUGCACAAAAGUGAACUCAGGCCUCCACAAUUUAAAAUAGAAAACUGUACGAGAGAUAGGGAUGCAAAAAUCUUGCACACAGUGAAAUAUUUGUACACGUAAGGCAGUACAGUAUACUGCAACUCGUGCAAGUUUGUUCUGCACAAGCAGAGCUUUUCAACUACACAUCUACGACGUGCAUUUCUGCACUUGGUCAAGAAGUCACAAACAACAAUGAUCUUUCACCUUUGUGUUAAGUUUAUUUUAAUUCAUGCCAUGUUAAGCACAUUCAUUGGUUCAUUCAUUUUCUAGCGUACCCUGUACUAAAGCCACAUUCCACCAAACGUAAAUAAUGUUAACGAAAACAAGAUUCCUUUUUUCGGAAAAAAUUUAUCCGUGGCUCAUAACAUCUAGAUUAGGCAGUUUAAAAAUAUAUGUUCUGCAGUAUGAUGUGAACUGACCUUCAGUUCACAAGCAAGGCAGUGCAUUCAUUUUAUACAAGCAAUGCAGCAAUGCUACUUAUGACAAGGGGUCACGACACAUGAGCUACUGAGGGUGUGUUUUUGAAGUACAGUACAUAUACACUCAAAUGAGUAUUGGAAAUGAUUUUCUGUUCAAACGAUGCAUUAAAGUGAUUUGCAUAUUAAUGAAUGAAUGUUGCCAGAUUUAGGCCUUUGAUGCUAAAAGGAUGGCAAAUGCUACAUUUACAUUAAACAUCACAAAUGCACUGCUAGAAAGCCCCUCAAAAACGUGUGCUUUAAGCACACGAAUAUACUUGAAUGCUGCAGUAAAUACUGCUUUGGAGCUAGGUAUAUAUUUUUUUUACAUUUUUGUUUCCACUUUGCCAUUCACUUGGGGUUUAUUUGCUGCUUGCCAAAUGCCAAACCAUGUGAAAUAGCCCAUUACAUCAGUUGAACUUACAAUGCGUUCGGUAACAGAGCUGCACUGCUUGUUUGUGAGUUGCCUCCGGGCUUUGUACCACACGUGCCCUGUGCACCAACAGCCCCUCUGUACAGAACAUUACUCGCCUCUUCAAGUUCUGCUAUUUUUAAACUGGUUUAGUGAAAUUGUAGCGAUGGUGAAUGAAUGAACUUGAUAUUGUACAUCAUUUGAAUACAUUUGGCUUUUAUUAAGGUACAUCUUUUUGUAUUUUGUUCAUGUUGGUGAAUUGAUUGCAUUGUUUUGAAUCAUUAUUUGCUGCUGGCUUAUAUUUAUUGAAAGGAAACCGCAGCAUUGGGAUCAUAGAUAGUACAGUGCUUACAUGUUCUUGAAUACAUGAAUACUGUGCGAGAAAAUUAAUUUGUCAUGCUUAUGGCUAUGACAAUGCUGCUGAAUUUUACUUGUAAAGGUUACAGGUCGGUCUGUUGUAAUUUUGAAGCACAUCUGCAACAAAGUAUUUUUAAAAUAAUAAGCAUAAAUAAGAUAUUUAAAUUUGUCCGUAAAGUUUUAGUAACUGACUUCGAUAACUAUAUGAAUAGAAUACUGUACCUAAGAACUUCCACGAGUAAAUUUCCAUUAGUUAUUGGUAUAUACUUUUGACGUAAAGUUUGCUAAUUGUCAAUAUGAUUCCUGAACUGAUGGUUAGAUUGUGUCACUUCCCUGGAGGUGGGUGGUGGACACGUUGGGCUCCAGGAUGAAGUGGUGAGCAGGAUCUGAGAUGCAUAAUGCAUUUUCACACUUGCCAUGUUACACUUGGCCACCUCAUUACAUGCAUACUGCAGUCCCAAACAUGUGUUGUGCAUCCCAACAUUGCUUUUAGCUUGGGUGCAUGCCUUAUUUUUGAGGGUUGCACAGACAUACUGUUUUGAGUUGCCCUAUUUUUGUUAAACGAAAUCCAAAGGGCAACCUCAAAUUAGUACCGCACAGUUAAAAUGUGAGUUGCGAUUAUGCAUAUGCGGAGGCAUUCAUACUGGCGUCAAAAUCAAAAUUUAAUGACCUAAUGCAAAGUGAAUCGUUGAUUCUACUGCAAACUGUUCAAAAUGUGUUUAGAAUUCCAAAAUAACUGGGCAAAACAAUACUCGACUAUAUUCACUUUUACUUAAAGUAAGAUUUACUAAUUUUGUGUUAUACAAGUUUGAUAUGAAUCACAUUUAGCAAUACAGUACUAAAACAGCAGUGGUGCCUAAUCAUAAAAACACCAAGUAGAUAAUACUGCUCUAAAAGAUAAUGUUUUGGGUGAUGGCCCUUCGUAAGACAUGAUUAGUGCGCGCCACGGUGGCGAGAUGUUAACUACCUCGCCUUGAAAUAUAAGAAUAGGCUUUACCUUUUCUGGCAAUAAAACAGUUGCCACCGCUGCUCCUUUCCCUCGAUGUGGCGGUGGCUCUCGUUUUUUAACAGGCUAAAUGUCUCACUAACACAGCCACCAUUGCGGUGGUUCUCUUACAUUGACAUGCUAAUCUCUCAAUACAAUGGCCACCUCCACAGCUUUGUUUUCCUCCAUGUGGCGCCCGGUUUUCUUUCAUUGACAUGUUAAUACUUACAUUAACAGAUUGACAUGCUAAUCUCUCAAUACAAUGGCCACCUCCACAGCUUCGUAGUUGUGGAGGUAUAUAAGCUCUCCGAUCUUACAUUUACACGCAAAUUCCAUCUCUAGCCCCACUUACCCAUGGGCUACACCCAUCUCAAACCUAUAUAACAUCCUGCGUUAGCAGCUCUCCUGCUAUAUUUGUUCCUGUCUCAGCAGCUCUCCCGCUAUAAUUUUUCACCUGAUGACGAUUGCUUGUGUUGCGAUGGAAACGUGAUAUUUUCAUUAUUAUUUAUCUACAUGGCUUUACCGAAAGUCCCAAAGAAUAGGUGCUAAGAUGUUCAAACACCAAAUAGAUACCUUUUGGAAGGUAUUAAGUCAGUAUUAACCACGUACUUGUGAACUUGCAAACAAAAUAUGCUCCUAUAAUAUAUGCAUUGUUUUUGAAACUGAUUGGCCUACACCAGAGGCAGCCUUCUUAAUGGCCUAGUCUCACCAGUGUCAGACCAGAGAACGCAAUAGGCGAUCAGUACAAAGCCAAUGCCACACGUAUCAGAUCAUUUAUAGCUGGGGGUGAGCAGCGACAUCAUGGUACCUUUUGCCAGUAUGAACAAGUAUAACCCGUAAAAACAAAGUUUUUCACUAUAAAUACUUUAUAUGCGUGGCGGCUAGAGUCAUCUCGUCCUCUGGCUUGAGAUGGCUGCCACCUAUGGGUCAGAUUGUCUGCCAGUAUUAAACAAUUGGUAAUUAAAUAUUUAAUUUGUUUUCCCUAAACAGUAUACAAAUUUUGAAUUUUUUUGUUCACGAACAUUAAUUGUCUCGCACAACGAGUCUGUGUGCAAAAUGUCAGCUCGAUUGGAUCACGGGAAGUGGGUUAAAAAAACGACCGAAAGGUUUGCACAGUCGUAAGCAAGCAAGCAAGCACGCAAGCGAACUUAAUAUAAAGGAUUUAAAAAUAAUAGAUUGUACCCUUUCUGGCAAUUAAACUAUGUUUUGUGUGCAUGUUCACAAUUACGUGUGGUUAAUGCAGACUUUGAUUCCUUGCAAAAGGUGUUUGAACAUUUUAACACUUGUUUUAUUGCCAGAAAGAGGUUAAACCUAUUCUUAUUUGUAAUACUUUGAUACUGACAAAAAAGGUAUGAAAUAGCUGCUCAUCCUGAGCUAUAAAUUCUCUGAUAUGUGCAUUGGCUUUGUACUGUGCGCCUUUUUGGCAUUCUCUAGUCUGACACUGGUGAGACUAGGCCGUAAAAAAGGCUGUCUGAUGUCGGCCAAUAAGUUUCCAAGACAAUGCAUAUAUUAUCAGUGCAUGUUUUGUUUGCAUGUUCACCAUAGGUACGUGUGGUUAAUGCAGACUCGAUUCCUUGCAAAAAGUGUUUAUUUGGUCUUUGAACAUCUUCACACUUGUUUUAUUGCCAGAAAGGAUGAAACCUAUUCUUAUAUUUCAUACUUUGAUACUGGAAAAGAAGGUCCCAUAAUAUAGCUACCUCGUCUUAUAUACAGGAGGUCGUGCGUGCGAUCCCGAUCCCGAUCCUGACGCCUGUAUAUUUCAAUUUUGUUCUCCCCAUGGUCACGUGUAUUUUUCUCCAGGUCAUCCGUUUUUUCCCUCCACAUUUAAAAAUAUGUGUUUAGAGUAUUUGGCUGCUGUACAUUUCCACACUAUAAGCCACUUCGUUAACCUAUUAUUUGUGGCCAGGUAGCGUCUGAAAAAGAGCUAUAUCGCUCAGUGGGCCUUACCUGGUCAAAUAACAAUUUUUUUAUAUCAAAUAUGUGAUCUUUGCAAGGAAAAUUAGUGAAUUACAAUUUCCUGUUCGGAUCAGAUUUCAGUUUUAUCAAAUGUUAAUGGUUAUUUUUCCUAACUUUUUUAGACUUGUGAAUGGAGCUCCUAGCUCAGAUUAUCAUGGAGAACUAUGUUUAAGGAAUACUGAGCCUCAGCCCAGCUAAUUAUGGUCUAUAUACCAUGUAAAACGACUACCAGUCAAAUAAAACAUGCAUAAUCUUCGAGUGAGGUAUGCUAUAUUUUAAAAGAUUGGACUGCAUUCAUUUUAGGUACAGUAUGACCCAUUAACUAAACAAAUAAUGGUCAAUCGAUAAUGGCAGGUGGUGUGCAAUCUGGCCCCUAUGUGCCCAGACUUUCAUAAUUUGCGAUGCAAAUGGUGACGGUCAUAGAAGUGGGCAUCAAGUGGGUCUCAGUUCUGGGCUGCUUGCCCGUAAGUUGGUGGGUCCAUCAACGUUUUUCGAUCAUUAAAAUAAUGAUUGUUGAAAAGGCUUCGGACUGUUUAAAUUGUGAAAAUUACUUGGGUUAUCGCAUAAAGGCAAUGACUUAGAAAAUACCUUAAUUUAUGCAAAUGCAUUGCGUGAGACGUAUCCAAUUUUUACAUCACAUUUACAAUUACUGUAGUGAAUACCCUGGUUUGGCGGGACGUUAAUGCAACGGAUGCACGACCGCUCCUCCAAUGGAGUGGAGCUGCCAUUUUGCGCUGUUAGGCAGCUGCAGAUUCCACGCACUGGGAGUGCUGAACAACAACUUGCAUGAGAACACCCAUUGUAUUGCCUCCUGCCUCUGUCUUCGCAUCACCCAUUACUUAGUCCUCAAAACCAGCUUGUGAAUAAAGGGAAUUUUGUUUAAAUUAUAAAUAAUUCGAGAUUGUGCAUGCGCGUGACGCUUCGUUCUCAGAAGCAGAAUUUGGCGUCCGGCAGAUGCUUCCAAGUCAUGGUGAUGUAGAUCUAACAGGCCAGGAUAUGCCGAGAUUGAGUCUGAUCUCGGGCAUGAUGCGUGUUGGCAGUAGGCUGUUUUGUCGUGUCCUCGGGUGCUUACUGAUGGCAACAGAAGUCCUUGUUUCGUCCUUGCUCCAAAUGUAGUUGGGAUAGUUCUGGGAAUGUGGGUGGGGAGGCGAGCAGCGUUAACAAAUAUAUGGUCUGGUUGGUGAAUGUCGCCUUCAGCAUAAUUAAGCGACAUGCCGGUUUAAAGCAGUGCCACAUGUGAGGCUAGACACUAUCUUGCACAAUACAUUGUCAUGAUUUUGUCUGUGUAGCCUGGAAGUGAAUUUACUUGUACAGUGCGUAUUAAAUUAGCCCAGCUGCAUUUAUUAAUGCAAGUCAAGCUUAUUUGAAAUAAACUGACUUUGCAUCUUUGUAAUUGCAACAGCGCAAACAGCUUGCUGUUUUAAUUUUUAUCUUUCCUGGCGGGUCGGUUAGGUGUGUGAGCUCGGAUGCUGCUGUGUUGGAUGGCAGUGUUUGUGGUGGUGGGGUAGAAGUCCCAGCGUUGAUCUCGCUUCACCCUGAGUCCGAUUGUCAGAGGUAGAAAUUGCAAGUGCAGUGGUUGGACAGUGCGAUAGUUUUGGAUGUGGUUCUAGAUCACCCCGUUGGGGUCCUCUGCUGGAAAUGCUGUGCUUUAGAGUUACCGAGCUAUAAGAACGAUACCGUGGCAUUACUGCAUUACCCAGCUGGGGCCUUCUCAAUGUAUGGACUGAGACAGUCCAGUGUCCUCAAUGCUGGCAAUACUGAUUUAUGUUGGUAGUAUGAACAAUUUAUUUUAACACGUGUGGGAUUAAUUAAAAUGUUUUGUUGGUGUUUCAGAAGUGAGCCCCCCUUCCUGCAAACUCAAUUCUCACGGUUUAUCCGAGAGAUGUAUGAGCUCCCUGGUGUUGCUUCUCUUCUGUCUGUACCGCAGAGACCAUUUCAAGUAAUUCCAACUUCCCAUUACGCACUUCUUGGCGCAUACCGCGCCUCUCUCCUUUGUAAGUGGGACAGCCCAGGACCCCCCUCUUGCUGCCUCUCCUAUCAGAAGUUUUGGCACAGCUUCCCACCGACCUUGGAAAGUUGGUUGGUUAUGCAUUGUUUAUUUGUUUUACCAUUGUAUUUUUCCCCGAGCUUUGUAAGAAAAUUCCAAAUUAUCACAUAUCCUACAAACUUGUUUACACGCGGUACACCAAAAGGACCACAUUUUAAACGUGGAAAAUGUACUGAGAGUAUGUAAAAUUAAAGUGUGUAAUUUUUACGUGUUCUUGCCCAAUUGUGUUUAAAAUAAUGCUUCUCAAUGGCAAUUGGUGCGAUGCUCCGUGAAAGGAUUUCUGCACCCAUCUGGCGACAAGGCGUCUCGACAGAAUAGUUGAACCUGGGUGACAACCUUGAGAGCUUUUCCUCGUGUUCGUUAUUGAAAAUGCGACAUGCGCUGCCUCGAGUGAGUGGCUAAACACAGUUCAAAACCUAUAGUGGUGCUCAUAAAUGUGAAAGCUAUGAAUAAUAGCAUUUUCUGAAAUUGAUAUAGGUUUGCUGUCGAUAUUAACAUACUACUGUACUUUAUUGCUUUUUUUUUAUAACUGUAGUGGGUCCAACUGAGUUGCAGACGUUCCUUUUAGAGGCAACACUUUUAUUUGUAACACCGUAACAUAAAAGUGUAAUUUGCCCCUUUACCAGACUACAGCGAAUUACUGCUACGAAGGGUCAAUCUCUCACUCGGGUCUCCGACCACGUGGUUGCCUCGUAAGACGGAGAGUUUCAGCUUGCGGCGUAGAGCUUCCCACUUGUAGAUGUUUAGCUUCCAGCUUGUAGAGUGCAGCGACCCCGGUCCCUCUCAGGGACCCGCCUUAUAUCCCUCUCCGGUCGGGGCCGCUCCGCCCUCGGCCCCGCCCGCCUUCCCGAACAUUCUCAUUCCCUCUCGAUCAUUCUCAAGAGCUCUCUCCGGUCACGUGAUCACUCCCGAGUCCCCCCACCUGGGGCCCCCUGUAUGGACAUUCCGGAUCACGUGUCUAUGGGGUCAACCAGAGUGCCAUGGCCCUGGGCAACCAUGGCCCUAGACUGACACCCCCUCCCCCUCGGGGGAGCCCCCAACACACGCUGUGCAUGGUGCCCGCACUAUCCCAGUGCUCACGAAGCCUCGCUAGGGCUGUGUCACACACAGCCACCCACACGGCGCUGUCCACGAUGUAGGAACAUCGAACGGCACUACCCUUCCGGGCCGGCACCAUACAGUGACAUCCCCGAUGUCAGUACAUAACU